AUGAAAAGAAUAUGGGUGGUGGUGAUUGCUUUGUGUGUGGCUUCAAUGGUGAGAAAUGAUGGAGAAAUUAUUAUGAUUAGAUGUGUCCAUGCACAGCCAGAACCAGAACCAGAACCAGAAGUGCCUUGCUUCUUCAUCUUUGGUGAUUCUCUAUCGGACGGUGGAAACAACAACAACCUUUCAACUUUGGCAAAAGUCAACUACUCACCCUAUGGAAUUGACUAUCCAGAUGGCCCUACCGGAAGAUUUACCAAUGGCCGUACCGUAGUUGAUAUACUUGCUGAGUAUAUGGGUUUCAACGAGUCUAUUCCAACCUUUUCUUCAGCUAAUAAGGGCUCAGAAAUGCUUCAAGGUGUGAAUUAUGCAUCUGGGUCAGCUGGAAUUCUCACAAAUACUGGACAACAUUUGGGUGAGAACAUCAACUUUCGAACACAAUUAAAGUACCACAGAAUUAUUAUGUCACGUUUGGGUGAGAACUUAGGAAACAAAAAAGCAGCCAGAAGACACUUAAACAAGUGCUUAUAUUGGGUUGGAAUAGGCAAUAAUGACUACAUCAACAACUACUUCUCACAUCAUCACUACUACUCUUCAAGCCAUGCUUACUCUCCUGACGAUUUUGCCCUUCGUCUCAUUGAACGAUAUCGUACCUUUGUCAUGAGAUUGUAUGAUUAUGGGGCAAAGAAGAUAGUGUUAGUGGGAUUGGGAAGAAUAGGGUGCACCCCUAAUUCGGUGGCUUUGUACCAAACCAAUGGCUCGACCUCGUGUGUAGAUGAAAUGAACGAAGCAGUCCAACAUUUCAACGUUAAGCUUUUAACACUCGUUGAUCAACUCAACGCCAAUUUCACUACCGCUAAAUUCAUCUACAUUAACUCUUUCGGAAUGGAUGGCGGUGAUCCUACUGUCGCUGUGAACAAAAUAGGGCAAUGUGUUCCAUUGGGAAAGCCAUGUGAGAAGAGAAGAGAAUAUGUAUUUUGGGACUCAUUCCAUCCAACUGAGGAAGUCAACAUGAUCACAGCAAGUCGAAUAUACAAAGCUUUCGACCUUUCUGACAGCUAUCCUAUGGAUCUCAAAAAGCUUAUUCACCUUUCAUUAGGCCACCCUCACCCUCCACUAUAA